AUGGAGAGUGAAGCAGGAAAGCACUGGACUGAGGAGGAGGUUAAAGCUUUCCUCAGUGUCUGGGCAGAAAAAAAUAUACAAAAACAAGUUAAAGGGACACUGAGAAAUAAGGGAAUAUUUUACAUUGCUAAAAGGCUGCAAUCAUUAGGAGUAUACAGAGAUUGGAAACAUUGCCGGGCAAAGUAUAAAAAUCUCAAAUAUGAAUACAGAACAGUUAAAUAUGCCCACAACUCUGGAGAUAGCUCUAAAACCAUUAAGUUCUUCCACGAUUUGGAUGCAAUCCUGCAGUAUGAACCUGCCAUACCUACAGAGGAAGAUGCAAACAGCAGGUACCUGGCAACGCUGAACCCAAGUACAGGACCAGAGACCACUGAAGAAUUACUUGAAGGUCAUACCAAAAGCCGUGGAACUUUGAGCAUCAAGAGAAAAGCACAUGAAGACGAACCAGCGUCUACAUCUUUUAAUAGUGCUCCUGAGAUUAUUACAAAUCAGUUUCCUCAAAGCAUAAUUACAGAACCAAAAGAUUCUACGGCAUGUUUCUGCAGACAGGAGACCCAACUUCAUCAGAUUUCGGCCUCUCCGCCCAGCGCGGGCGCUGCCCCUGGCCCACUUAGGAAAAUGGCGACACCUGAGGUACUGAACAUCGGUAAAAAACUCUAUGAAGGUAAAACAAAAGAAGUCUAUGAAUUGUUAGAUAGUCCAGGAAAAGUCCUCCUGCAGUCCAAGGAUCAGAUUACAGCAGGAAAUGCAGCUAGAAAGAAUCACCUGGAAGGAAAAGCUGCAAUCUCAAAUAAAACUACCAGUUGUAUUUUUCAGUUGUUACAGGAAGCAGGUAUCAAAACUGCUUUUACCAGAAAAUGUGGGGAGACAGCUUUUGUUGCGCCCCUGUGUGAAAUGAUUCCAAUUGAAUGGGUUUGCCGAAGAAUAGCAACUGGUUCUUUUCUCAAAAGAAAUCCUGGCGUCAAGGAAGGAUAUAAAUUUUACCCACCUAAAGUAGAGAUGUUUUUCAAGGAUGAUGCCAAUAAUGAUCCACAGUGGUCUGAGGAGCAGCUAAUUGCUGCAGAAUUUUGCUUUGCUGGACUUGUUAUAGGCCAGACUGAAGUGGAUAUCAUGAGUCAUGCUACACAGGCUAUUUUUGAAAUAUUGGAGAAAUCCUGGUUGCGCCAGAAUUGUACACUGGUUGAUAUGAAGGUUGAAUUUGGUGUUGAUGUAACCACGAAAGAAAUCGUCCUUGCUGAUGUGAUUGAUAAUGAUUCCUGGAGACUCUGGCCAUCAGGAGAUCGAAGCCAGCAGAAAGACAAACAGUCUUAUCGUGACCUCAAAGAAGUAACUCCUGAAGGGCUCCAGAUGGUAAAGAAAAACUUUGAGUGGGUUGCAGAGAGAGUAGAGUUGCUUCUGAAAGCAGAAAGUCAGUGCAGGGUUGUAGUACUGAUGGGCUCAACUUCUGAUCUUGGUCACUGUGAAAAAAUCAAGGCGGCCUGUGGAAAUUUUGGCAUUCCAUGUGAACUUCGAGUAACAUCUGCCCAUAAAGGACCAGAUGAAACUUUGAGGAUUAAAGCUGAAUAUGAAGGGGAUGGCAUUCCUACUGUAUUUGUGGCAGUGGCAGGCAGAAGCAAUGGCUUGGGACCAGUGAUGUCAGGUAACACUGCAUAUCCAGUUAUCAGCUGUCCUCCCCUCACAGCGGACUGGGGAGCUCAGGAUGUGUGGUCUUCUCUUCGACUACCCAGUGGUCUCGGCUGUUCGACCAUACUUUCUCCAGAAGGAUCAGCUCAGUUUGCUGCUCAGAUAUUUGGAUUAAACAACCAUUUGGUAUGGGCCAGACUGCGAGCAAGCAUAUUGAACACAUGGAUUUCCCUGAAGCAGGCUGACAAGAAAAUCAGAGAAUGUAAUUUAUGAGAAGGAACAUUAUUGCAUUUUUUAGGAGGAAAACAUUAUUGCAUUUUUAGGAGGAAAAUUUCUAGCUUAGCUGCAAAAAAAAAAAAAACACAGAUGAAAAGUUGAUUUUAAAUCAGUCAGAGAAAAUGAAUAAAAUUAGUGAAUAAAUGCCUCCUUAAGUUCAUGGAUUAGAAGAAUAUCUGUUCAUAUUUAUUAGUAUUUCUUUUUCUUGUUUUUUUCUUUUUUUUUUUUAAGACUAGUCGAGUUAAUAUUUCUUUAUAGGUAGUGAGAUCACUACUAUAACAUUUUAAAAAAUCUCUCACCCAUUAUAUGGUCAUUGUUAGGUGGGUAAUGUAAUCAUAUAUAUUUCAUAAAUGCUAGAGUACUAGACCUUCUAUGUCUUAACCCAUAAGUUUUAGAAAGUUAAAAUGAUUGUAUCUUAAAAAGGUGGGAAGUGCAAUACAGUCUUUCACUUUAUGGUCUUUACAAAAUUCUAAGGGCAUGGUUUUUUAUUUGUAGUCAGUAUCCCAGAAGAUGAUGUGAGUUUACAUGUAUCUCUAGCUAUAAAUAUGUUUUAUUUGAUUUGGUUUUUUAAGAAAAAUUGAGAUUGGUGCCAGGGGCAGGAGAGACACAUGAAAUGAGAUGAAUGGGCACUGUGGAAGCCAUGGAAAAGAGACUUUUCUGACACCUCUGAUGCUUGUCUGGGAAAUUUCCCAUGGUAAAACGUAGAGUCACUUUUGCAUCCCAAAUGAAAGAUUUAGUAAAUCUUCCUUGGCUGUGUAACUUGGUAUGGUGGGUGCCUCUGUGGAUCAUAAACUUCUUUUUAAUCCUGAUAAGACAUUUUAGCCACACCCAACAAUCACCCACCUACCAUCAUUUUUAGAAAUUGGAAUCUCCCAGAUAAUAACCAUAAUUAGUUUCUUUCUUGUGAUAUUAUAAGUCUACAGUGGAACUAGAAAGAUUCACUUCUAUAGGAGCAGUUGUUACUGAGAGAUCAAAUAUGUUUUUGAAUCUUAAUAUAGCUAAGCCAUGAUUUGGUCCGAAUUGAUCCCAUUGCAAUGUUUUCCUUUGCUGUAUUCGUCAAGUGCAUAUUAAGCACAUUGAGUCCCCUUACUAACCUCUCUAUUUUCUUCUUUUGAUCUCUUUCUCUGCUGGUUCGUUCCUCUCUGUCUUAAGCUCUCCUUCAAAGGAGGAUGUAUUUCUCACAUAUACCAUCACUAGCUUGCAUUUUCUUCCACCUCCCAAAACCAAUACCAAUUACUAUGCCAGUUUAUAUAAGAACAUGCAAAAUCUAGGAAGGGUGAAGUCAUAAAAUAAAAGUUCUUUAUAUAAAUUUAACAUUAUUUCACUA